CAUACGCAAUACCCUACAGUCCUCAGCAUACCAUGGCAGCCAGCGCCAGCCAAGACAAGGGAGAAGGUCCCAGCCAUUCCAGCACAAGCGCAAGCAAGCACGCCUUCAUCUCCUUUCCCGGCGCUCUCUACACGCACUCCUCCGUCCUGCGGGCAGCUCACUCCACUCUCGCUCCUGCAGGAUGGACCCUCCACGAACGGGCGCAUAGCGGGCAGACAGAUGAGGAUACGGUGCAAUGGGUGCAGGAAGAAUCGGGGACUGAGAGCUCCAGCUCCAGCUCUAGCUCUAGUGCACAAAGGACUCUCUACUUGAUGGACUACGACUUGAUCCCCUUUGAUUCCAUUCACCCUUCACGAGCCUCGGGCAGCAGCACCUCUGCCUCCUCUGCCUCCUCAUACCCGAUUCGCAAGGCACUCAUACGGAAGAACUGGCUCUACAGUAGUAUCCAAUCGCACUCUGUCAAAAGCUCCUCCUCCUCCUCAGCAGCAGCAGUGGCGGGUCAAGGGUCUCGAUCUGCCCUCUCCUACCUGCCGCGCACUUGGUCUGUAGACAUUCAAUUCGCAGACGAUCUAGACGAGUUGCUCAUAGAUGAGCUCUACGACCUCAAAGAGAUCCUCGACAAGGCUGAGGGCGAGGGAGAGGAAAAGAAGUGGUUUAUCCUCAAGGCUGGAAUGGCCGAUCGAGGAAUGGGGAUCAAGAUGUUUGAUAGUCUCGAGGCGCUGCAGGGGAUUCUAGAGGAGUGGGAGGGGGACGAGGAUAGUGACAAGGGGAGUGAUAGCGAGGGAGAGCAGGAAGAGGAGAUUGAGGGCGAGGACGAGGGCGACAAUGGUGUCCUACUAGGGCAGCUGCGGCAUUUUGUCAUUCAAGAAUACCUCUCCCGUCCCCUCCUAAUCGCCCCCAACUCCUCCCAUCCCACAUCGUAUCGCAAAUUCCACCUCCGAGCCUACGUCCUCUGCAUCGGCGGUCUACGCGUCCAUCUCUGGGACGAAAUGCUAGCCCUCUUCGCCCCUGCUCCUUACCAGGACCCCACGGAGGAUUGCGACCCGAAGAUUCACCUUACAAAUACCUGCUUGCACGCGGAUGGGUCCCUUACAGAGGAUGGACGCUUAGCGCAGGAGAAUGUUCACCUACUUUCGGACCUCUGUAGAGAAGGGGCGAGGUAUGCCCCAAGUCGCCCAGGUGGUCGUACUGGAGGCAAGCUGACAGGGGAGGAUUGGCAGCGACUCAAAUCUCUCGCAAAGGCCACGAUUGGCGCAACUUUUGAGGCUGCAGCCAAGGGGAGUGGUUCCACCAAUUGGCUCAUGUGGGAGGGAUGCUGGGAGGUGCUCGGUGUAGACCUCAUGGUUGGUUGGGAGGGGGAGGGCGAGGGGGAGAGGGGAGGGUGGAGAAUGUGGCUCCUCGAAGUAAAUGCUCAACCGGACUUUGCGCAAUCAGGUCCUCGUUUGCAAAAGACUAUCGACGACCUCUUCUGCGCUUCACUAAGACUUGCCGUUCUAGGAGAGACCCUGAAUACAGAAGCAGAAGCAGACGCGACUUCAGGGAUGAGUCUAUGUUUUGAGGAACAGAUGAGGGGAAAUUGGUAGACUAGAUAGAUGAGGGCUGGGCUAGGCUUCAGUUGGGCUGAGGUUUCGGUCUGGUUUCUGGUCAUCAAGUCGAAUAAGAUUACUAGACAUGAGGCUAUAAGACGUAAGAUGCAAGCAUUGUGGGACCCUGCACAUUCCUUUCAGUGGCCCGUCGUCAAGUCCUUGCCUCGCCUCGCCUCACCUCGCCUCGUAUUAGACGCCUGAGGAGCGUCUUGUCGAGAACGAACGCCCGGAGCGACCUACGUCCUAGCACGAGCCUUCUUGACCCUGAGCGGCAUCUGCAUUCCCACUUUUUCCUGUCCCGUCACAACUCCCCUAAGAACAAUUUCCUGCUUCGGUUCGAUAUUCCAUCCUUCUACCCUCUCAAAAUCGAAAUUCCUCACUAGACAGGCCAGUAGAACCUUGAAUUCUACAAUGGCGAAGCGUUGACCAACACAGGAGCGGGGGCCAGAGAGGAAAGUGA